AGGCGGGGACGGCGGGGGAGUCCCGCGCUUAUCGGGCUCGCGGAAAGGGCGGUGCGGGGGCGGGACAGCCCCUCCCUCGCUGACGACGCCGCCGCGCCCCGGGCCGAGAGCACCGGCAGCGAAGCGGGGCGUCAGGCCGGCCGGGCAGGAUGCGCUACCGGGCGUCGGCCCUGGGCAGUGACGGGGUGCGGGUGACCAUGGAGAGUGCAUUGACCGCCCGUGACCGGGUGGGGGUACAGGAUUUUGUGCUGCUGGAGAACUUCACCAGUGAGGCAGCCUUCAUCGAGAACCUGCGGCGACGAUUCCGGGAGAACCUCAUUUACACCUACAUUGGCCCUGUGCUGGUCUCUGUCAACCCUUACCGGGACCUGCAGAUCUACAGUCGGCAGCACAUGGAGCGUUACCGUGGUGUCAGCUUCUAUGAGGUGCCCCCCCACCUGUUCGCGGUGGCCGACACUGUGUACCGGGCUCUGCGCACGGAGCGCCGGGACCAGGCAGUGAUGAUCUCUGGGGAGAGCGGGGCAGGCAAGACAGAGGCCACCAAGCGGCUGCUGCAGUUCUAUGCUGAGACCUGCCCAGCCCCUGAGCGGGGGGGAGCUGUGCGUGACCGGCUGCUGCAGAGCAACCCUGUGCUGGAGGCCUUUGGAAACGCCAAGACCCUCCGGAAUGAUAACUCCAGCAGGUUUGGGAAGUACAUGGACGUGCAGUUUGACUUCAAGGGGGCCCCCGUGGGCGGCCACAUCCUCAGUUACCUCUUGGAGAAGUCCCGAGUGGUGCACCAGAACCACGGGGAGAGGAACUUCCACGUCUUCUACCAGCUGCUGGAGGGGGGUGAGGAGGAGACGCUGCUCAGGCUGGGCUUGGAGCGCAACCCCCAGAGCUACCUGUACCUGGUGAAGGGCCAGUGUGCCAAAGUCUCCUCUAUCAAUGACAAGAGUGACUGGAAGGUCGUCAGGAAGGCUCUGACGGUCAUUGACUUCACUGAGGAUGAGGUGGAGGACCUGCUGAGCAUCGUGGCCAGCGUCCUGCAUUUGGGCAACACCCACUUUGCUGCUGAUGAGGAGAGCAACGCCCAGGUGACCACCGAGCACCAGCUCAAGUAUCUGAGUAGGCUCCUUGGAGUGGAAGGCUCAACACUGCGGGAGGCCCUGACACACAGGAAGAUCACUGCCAAGGGAGAAGAGCUCCUGAGCCCACUGAACCUGGAACAGGCUGCCUAUGCCCGAGACGCCCUUGCCAAGGCUGUGUACAGUCGCACUUUCACCUGGCUGGUUGAAAAGAUCAACAGGUCACUGGCCUCCAAGGAUGCUGAGAGCCCCAGCUGGCGGAGCACCACAGUCCUUGGGCUCCUCGACAUUUAUGGCUUUGAAGUGUUUCAGCACAACAGCUUUGAGCAGUUCUGCAUCAAUUACUGCAACGAGAAGCUGCAGCAGCUCUUCAUUGAGCUCACCCUCAAGUCGGAACAGGAAGAAUAUGAGGCAGAGGGCAUCGCGUGGGAGCCUGUUCAAUAUUUCAACAACAAGAUCAUCUGUGACCUGGUGGAAGAGAAGUUCAAGGGCAUCAUUUCCAUUUUGGAUGAGGAGUGCUUACGCCCUGGGGAGGCCACAGAUCUGACCUUCCUGGAGAAGUUGGAGGACACAGUGAAGCACCAUCCUCACUUCCUGACGCACAAGCUGGCUGACCAGCGGACCAGGAAAUCUCUGGGUCGUGGGGAGUUCCGCCUUCUGCACUAUGCUGGGGAGGUGACUUACAGUGUGACCGGGUUUCUGGAUAAAAACAAUGACCUUCUCUUCCGGAACCUGAAGGAGACCAUGUGCAGCUCAGAGAAUCCCAUCAUGAGCCAAUGCUUUGACCGGAGUGAGCUCAGUGACAAGAAGCGACCAGAGACGGUUGCCACCCAGUUCAAGAUGAGCCUCUUGCAGCUGGUGGAGAUACUGAAGUCUAAGGAGCCUGCCUACAUCCGCUGCAUCAAGCCCAAUGAUGCGAAACAGCCUGGCCGCUUCGACGAGGUGCUGAUCCGGCACCAGGUGAAAUACCUGGGGCUGAUGGAGAACCUGCGCGUGCGCAGAGCCGGCUUUGCCUAUCGCCGCAAAUACGAGGCGUUCCUGCAGAGGUACAAGUCACUGUGCCCAGAGACAUGGCCCACAUGGGCAGGACGGCCCCAGGAUGGGGUGGCUGUGCUGAUCAGGCACCUUGGCUAUAAGCCAGAAGAGUACAAGAUGGGCAGGACCAAGAUCUUCAUCCGCUUCCCCAAGACACUGUUUGCCACAGAGGAUGCCCUGGAGGUCCGGCGGCAGAGCCUGGCCACGAAGAUCCAGGCUGCCUGGAGGGGCUUUCACUGGCGGCAAAAAUUCCUCCGGGUGAAGCAAUCAGCCAUCUGCAUCCAGUCUUGGUGGCGUGGAACUCUGGGCCGGAGGAAGGCAGCCAAGAGGAAGUGGGCGGCACAGACAAUCCGGCGGCUUAUCCGUGGCUUCAUCCUGCGCCAUGCGCCUCGUUGCCCUGAGAACGCCUUCUUCCUGGACCACGUGCGCACCUCUUUUUUGCUUAACCUGCGGCGGCAGCUGCCCCGAAACGUCCUGGACACUUCCUGGCCCACACCCCCACCUGCCCUGCAUGAGGCCUCAGAACUUCUACGGGAGCUGUGUAAGAAGAACAUGGUGUGGAAGUACUGCCGGAGCAUCAGCCCUGAGUGGAAGCAGCAGCUCCAGCAAAAAGCCGUAGCUAGUGAGAUCUUCAAGGGCAAGAAGGACAAUUACCCCCAGAGCGUCCCCAGGCUAUUCAUCAGCACACGACUUGGUACAGAUGAAAUCAGCCCCAGGGUGUUGCAGGCCCUCGGCUCUGAGACCAUCCAGUAUGCAGUACCUGUAGUGAAAUAUGACCGUAAGGGCUACAAGCCCCGCUCACGGCAGCUGCUGCUGACACCCAGUGCUGUGGUCAUCGUGGAGGACGCCAAAGUCAAGCAGAGGAUUGAUUAUGCCAACCUGACCGGAAUUUCUGUCAGCAGCCUGAGCGACAGCCUCUUUGUGCUGCAUGUGCAGCGUGAGGACAAUAAGCAGAAGGGGGAUGUGGUGCUGCAGAGCGACCAUGUGAUCGAGACACUGACCAAGACAGCCCUCAGUGCUGACCGUGUAAGCAACGUCAACAUCAACCAGGGCAGCAUCACGUUUGCAGGGGGCCCUGGCAGGGAUGGCAUUAUUGACUUCAUACCAGGCUCAGAGCUGCUCAUCACCAAGGCCAAGAACGGGCACCUGGCUGUGGUGGCCCCACGGCUGAAUUCCCGGUGAUGAAGGCACCCACUGGACCCCCUCCCACUUCCCAAUGCUUUCCGCUCACCCCCUCCUCCCCAUCCCAGUUACCAAAGACUCGAGCUUCCAGACAGGGACCCAGGGGCACCUCGAAGCCCGCCGACAGACCCCUGCCUCCUGCUCACCCCUCUCUUAGGGAGCGGCAGGGGCCAGGGAGCUGCCCUAGAGUGGGCCAGGCUGGCACACAGCAAUGGGAAAGCCAGGGCCGGAGGCAGCUGUGCCAGCCCCACUGCUGAUGCCAUAUAUUUGAGAGAAGGGAACUUUUGCUGAGGUUUUCUCUGAUAUUUUUUGAUGCUUUAUAGGAAAUUAUUUUUUGAAAAAGCCAUUUACCCACCCAAGACACACUGGAUGUGUUUUCCCUGAGUCCAGCAGGGCAGGGAAUGUAGCUGGUGUUUUCCCUGAGUCCAGCAGGGCAGGAAAUGUAGCUGAGAGGUUGGGUGGUUUGGGCCCUGGUGCCGUCUUCCCUGCCCAGGCCACCCUUUCCUCGUUCCCUUGGCACCUUGUCUGUCUGCCUGCCCACCCACCUGUACUCUUUGCAGCCCAUUUUGACAUCCCCCUGGGGGCUGGGACCACCCUUGCCUGCCUCCUCCUUCCUGCCUUAAAAAUGCCCUUUCAAUAUCACCCCAGCCUGAGGGUGUCCUGGAGUUGGAGAAGGAGCCUUGGACCAUAGAAUUUAGACACUGAGAGAUCAUCUGGUCUAGCCUGCUGGUACAGGGAAACAAGAGACUGGGAGGAAGGGCCUGCUCCUCACCUAGCAAGCUGGGGCAGAACCAGGACUGCCGCCUUGUCUUCAGCACACCUCACUGCCUCUUCCAGGGACAGGAGCCCCAUGAAGCAGGCUCAUGUUUUCAGGGUGCAUGUGGCCCCCUGACCAGCAAUCACCCCUGGGGGCCACCAGGUGGGAGGAGCACUCCUGCCUCAGUCCAUGCCUUAGGACGACAAACACCCUGCCCGUACACUUUGGCCCCAAUUCAAGCAUAUAGGGCCUUUACUGGCUCCUGGCUCCCUCACUGUCCUGGGGGCCUGGGGAAGGGGCUGCUGGCCUUGGGACGAACUACAGGGCCACCACCUCUUUCUGCUGCUUCCCCCCCCCCACACCUCUCCAGAGGGCCUGGGGGCUGCUCAGCUGCCUCUGCCUUCUUGGGGGCUCGGCCCACUGCUGACACUUCUGCAAUCCAGAGAAACACUAAAUAAAGCAAUAUGUGUCUGCCAA